AUGUGUUCAAUACCACCUCGAAAACCUCGUGCACUUAUGCGUGAACGCCUUGAACAAGGAAGUGUCAAUGCUCAAUGUCAAAAAUGUUUAGAAAAAGGUCAUUGGACAUAUCAAUGUACACGUAAAAGAAAAUAUGUUGAAAGACCAUCACGUACACAAUUACUUGAAAAACGUAUAAAACAAUUACAAAAAAAUCAAGAAGAUGAAGAAAAAAAUGCUAAUGAAAUGAAAAAAAAACAAAUAAUGGAUCAAUUACAAACAAUUAAAUUUGAUAAAAAUAAAAAUAAUAAUGAUCAUGAAGAUGAUGGAAAUUCAUCUGAUUCAAGUUCAAGUAGUUCAUCAUCAUCAUCGUCAUCAUCGAGCAAAUCGUCGAACGGCAGCAGCAGCAGUAGUAAUUCUAGUGAUGAUGAAAGUGCAUCGUCAUCAUCAUCAGAUACGAAUCAUGAAUCACCAAAAAAGAAAUUUAAAAAUUAA